UCCCGUGGUAUAGCACAGCGGAUAGGAAAAUCCAGUCAUACGCUUCUGACGGAACCUUUUCACCACCGCGACCGCAAGAGGACUGGCUCCAGGGAAACUGUGGGUCUCAACCAGAGAAGGCUACAGCUCGUGUGUGAGGUCUGGAGAGACAGCUCUGUGCCAAAGUCACCACGCCAGCAGUUGUUCAACCUGCUGGACUCCCUGAGGUGAAGAAAGAGGAAGCCAAGCCUAUAAGGCAGUACUUUCAAUCUGAAGAACGACAGAGUCUGGGGACGUAGAAGAGAGGUGGAGAAGCAGAGGUAGAAGAGCGAGUCCAUAAAAGAAGCCGCACUUAAAGCCAAGGUCCAAAUCACCCAUGAGGAGGCAAUGUGGCAACCCAGCAACUGUCAGUCCUCCUGUCCCACAAAAAAUCAGAUAAUAUGGGGACUCUUUUAGAUUCCGUGACAAGUGCACAGCUGUGACUGCGCAGAACGAGUGCCUGCUUCCUCCUGCCUGGUUUUCCACAGCCUACAGACUCUACCCUCCUCCCUUUUUCCAUAACUUCCAUAACAGCCCUCUUUCUCCUCCCUCUCUCCCCAUCAUGAAGAGUAAGUUGUGUAUUGCUUCCUCUCCCUCCACUGUGCUCCUCCUCCUUCCUUCUGUCCUUCUGCUGUUUUCAGCACCAGCUCUCAUCAGAGGUGACUGCUGGCUCAUUGAGGGUGAUAAGGGCUACGUGUGGCUGGCCAUUUGCAGUCAGAACCAGCCGCCAUACGAGACGAUCCCACAGCACAUCAACAACACAGUGCAUGACUUGCGUCUCAAUGAGAACAAGCUCAAGGCCAUAUUCUUCUCAUCCUUGAGCCGCUUCACCAACCUGACAGAGCUGAACCUUACCAAGAAUGAGAUCUCCUACAUUGAGGAUGGUGCCUUUGCCAGCCAGGCUAACCUGCAAGUUCUGCAGCUGGGCUACAACAAACUAACCAACCUGACCGAGGGUAUGCUGAGGGGCCUGGGCCGCAUGCAGUUCCUAUUCCUGCAGCACAACCUCAUUGAGGUCAUUGCCACCAAUGCCUUGUGGGAGUGCCCCAGUCUCAGCAAUCUGGAUCUGUCAUCCAACAAGCUGGCCCGAUUAGACCCUUCCACAUUCACUGUAUUGGGGAGACUGAUGGUGUGUGAGCUCGCAGGGAACCCUUUUCACUGUGGCUGUGAGCUAUACAGCUUUCUAACCUGGUUGGAGGCCUUCAACAAUGUCACGCACACCUAUGAUCGGCUUCAGUGUGAGACUCCACGGGAGCUUUUUGGGUACCCGCUGCUGAGUCCCGUUGGAGGACAUGGUCGCAGUGCUCGUAAUAUCCUCUCUUCUAUGUGCCGAGAUGGAGUAUUCAUUCCAGGGAUGACCUCUCUUCCACCAGACUCUGAGUCCUCAGGCAUUGGGCCUGAUAUGUUUGACCGCAUUGGGCCGUACCAUCAGCCCACGACAUCCUCCUCCUCUGAGAAUUCUUUUAGCCCCAGCAUCAAACUUCAACGCGUGUCUGUUUCUUCAGCAACCUUGCUAGUACAGAUACCUAGGCCCUACAGCAAGAUGUAUAUACUGGUACAGUACAAUACGAGCUUUGCUUCUGAUGUGAUGAACCUGAAAAAGAAGAAGGAGUUCAUUACCCUCAGCAAGCUCGAGCCAAACACCAACUACACUUUUUGCGUUGCUUCAAUACGCAAUUCACAGCGUUUCAAUCAUACAUGCCUUUACUUCUCCACUCGGGCUCCCACUUCAGAUGACAUGUUGCCCACCACCUCCACUACUACACAUUACAUCAUGACUAUCGUGGGCUGUUUGUUUGGGAUGCUGAUUAUUCUUGGCCUAGUGUACUACUGUUUGCGGAGACACCGAAGACAGGAAGAGAAAGAGAAAUCCAUUUGUGUGAAGAAGACCAUCCUGGAGAUGCGCUAUGGACCAGAGGUGGCAGCUGCAGCUGGGAAUGAUCCAACAGUGGUGCAGAAACUCCAUGAGCAGACCCACCACCAACACCACCAUGGCAAGCUUCCCUCGUCCUCCUCUUCUAGCUCAGGUUUGCUGGGCCUUGGUUCCAUUAAUGCCAGCUCCUCACGACUGUCCUCCAUCCCUCAGGUCGAGAAAAUGGCAACUGCCUUCUCUGAGGCCCUGAUAAGCAAAGGCAACUACAUGGAUAUCAGGACAUCUGGAGCAGGAGAAGAGAGGGGAGUGAUGCAAGCUAUCCGAGCAGAAGACCUCAGGGAGGAGGAUGGAAGUGACCUGGGAGAUGACUCAGAUGAUGAUGACAGAGGAUCUGCAUCAGAGAUCUCUACUAUUGCAAUGGAAGUUGACAAGGUAAACCAGAUCAUCAACAACUGCAUCGAUGCCCUGAAGCUGGACUCUGUAGUAGCUGCUGUGUCUUCUGCUGCCACAUUAAGUGGGAAUCCCACUUCACCUCCACCUACCAGCAACUCCUCCUUGACCAGGGGAUUGAUUCCACUCUCCACUAGCAUUGCUGAGGCCUGCCAAAUGUUAUCCUCCCCAAAAAUCCCUCCUCCACCUCCUCUUCCCCUAACGGGUCCUCUCUCCGAAAGGCCUGGCAUUACAGGCGGCAGCUUUUUAACACCUCCUUAUCGCCCUCCACCACCAGCCACAGCAGUAAGACCUAUUCAGAGACAGAUGAGCGCAGAUGCAGCUGUGAUUGUUAAUGUCUCCAAGAAGCAUUGUGGCCCUACUGGGGGGAAAGCCCGGGUUUACAGCCUGGAUGUUCCUGAGCCCCGUAGUCCUGACCCCUGCCAUUUUUCUGAGAAGGGCAACCCUAUUGGAUGUGGAGAGCCAUUAGAGAGGCUCCCUUUGGUUGGUAGUAGUGGUGGUGGUGUUGGCACUGGGGGUUGUAGCAUAGAUGGAGGCACUAUGGAUGGCAUGGUCCUUCAGCAGCACCUGGAUGUACAUCCGGACUUCCACUGCGCAGAGCACCGUCACUCUGUCCCCGCACUCUACUAUGAGGGCUCUCAUGAUUCCCCAGCCCAAAGGGUGUCUUUUCUCAAACCCCUGUCACGUACCAAGAGGGACGCUGCAUCCUACUCUCAGCUCUCUCCCCACCGCCACAAUUACUCAGGCUACUCGUCUAGCCCAGAGUACUCUUCCGAAAACACGCUGCGCAUCUGGGAGCGCUUCCGUCCAUACAGGAAGGGCCCGCGUGAGGAGUCCUGCUAUAUCACAGCCGGCAAUGCUCUACGUAAGAAGGUCCAGUUUGCAAAAGGUGAAGACUUGCAUGACAUCCUCGACUACUGGAAGGGCGUUUCAGCACAGCAAAAGCUGUGAUCUGUGAGGCAGCUUAGGGGGCAGAGCUUGAGCCUUCUACACUGCCUGAUCAGCCUGGCGAUCUGCUCUGGAAAAGCAGCGGCGAGGAUGGCUGCUGUGUGCAAAGCAAAGCUGAGUUUGUCAGGUCUGAGGACAAGUUGCUUUGAUUCAUCUAUGUACAGAAUGAGUCAUCAGAAAGACAGAGAGAGAGAGAAAAGAAGGAGGGAAGGAGAGAGGGUGAGAGACAACAUGACAAUACUGUAUAAAUCUAGGGUGGCAUUCAUUUAGAUCUAAUUUUAAAUCGACAGCUGAGACCAGCUCUCACAAGAGUCCUGUUCAAUGAUGAUGGCGUUUCAUUUGUUAUAAAAUAAUUGUUUUUGCCUGGUAAUCAUCGGUGUAUGCAUCAUUUAUGUCAAAGACCUUUAUUGCAAGAAUACUUAUUCACCCCGAUAAAGCAUGUAAUCCUAUGUGAUUCACAGAACACUGUAUUCAGUUUGUGAGGCAGCCGUGUGUGUGUGUGUGUGGGUGUAUGUGUG